AGCAAGAUAGAGGAACUGGGGUGAGCAAGCACUGUGGCUUUGUCUGUUUCCUGUUUCAGCAAAGGCUGCUGUGCAAAAAGAAAGACCGUACUAACAAGGGAAACGCUAAGGGGGCCCGGAGCCACGGAUUGAGAGCUUGCACUUUACUCAGCUGCUGUCCUGCCCCAUCUGAGACCAGAGCCACGAUCUGCCCAGGAGCUGGAAUGCUCUUCUGAGUUGUUUGGUUUGGAGCCUGGGACCCAAGGCCCCUCUCUCCUAAGCUCACACUGGGAGCUGUGCCCCGGGCGGCCAGACCUAUGCGGGAAGCCCCUCACUGCACACACAGACAGGAAGCAGGAGCAGUCUUGGAAAGGCGGCGACAAACCACUGUCAGACCCAGGGAGCUAUUCCAGGAACUGGAAGCCAAACGCAACAGGUGCUCAGGAGGUCAUCAUGAUCAGCCUGGACCCCAGGCCUUCCCCUCGCUUGGCCCGGUGGGCUGAGAGCUACGAGGCCAAGUGUGAGCGCCGGCAAGAGACCCGUGAGAGCCGCCGCUGCCGCCCCAAUGUGACCACUUGCCGCCAGGUGGGGAAGGCACUGAGGCUCCAGCAAAGAGAGCAGCUCCAGAGAGCACGGCAACGGGAGUUCUUCAGGAGGAGGAACUUGGAGGUGGAGGAGAAAGGCAAGGCCCAGAGCCCCAGGGCCAAGGAGCGAGGUCCCUCCAGGAGGCCAGGCCAGCCAACUGACCUCAAAGAACCCUUGUCUGGGGCCCACAGAAUCUCUUCCCCCCAGCAGCAGGUGUCAGACACCAGCCCUGAGAUCUUUCGAACCCAGCGUCACCAUCCCUCAGGCACCUGGAGGGAUCUACCUGACCGCCUCUCCCAGGCCAGGGACUUUUCACCGAAGGACUCUCCCACCAAAAAACCACCCCAGCACCAUCGCGGCACUCAGACAAAGGCUGAAGCAGCCCAGCCAACAAUUAAGAAUGAUGCCAGUCAGCAAACCAAUUACGGAGUUGCGGUUCUGGAUAAGGAAAUCAUCCAACUUUCUGAGUACCUCAAAGAGGCCUUACAAAGGGAGCUGGUUCUAAAACAGAAAAUGGUGAUUCUCCAAGACCUACUCUCCACUCUGAUAAGGGCCUCUGACAGCUCUUGGAAGGGCCAGCUUAACGAAGACAAAUUGAAGGGCAAACUGAGAUCUUUAGAAAACCAGCUGAACGCCUGUACCCAGAAAUACCCCCCUUGGGGAAUGAAAAAGGUGUUAUUGGAGAUGGAAGACCAGAAAAACAACUAUGAGCAGAAAGCCAAGGAGUCACUGCAGAAGGUGCUGGAGGAGAAAAUGAGCGCAGAGCAGCAACUGCAGAGCACACAGCGGUCACUGGCUCUGGCCGAGCAGAAGUGUGAAGAGUGGAGGAGCCAGUAUGAAGCUCUGAAGGAGGACUGGAGGAACCUGGGGACCCAGCACAGAGAGCUGGAGAGCCAACUCCACGUGCUCCAGUCCAAACUGCAGGGAGCAGACAGUAGAGACCUACAGAUGAACCAGGCUCUGCGACUUCUGGAAAAUGAGCACCAGGAACUGCAGGCCAAGAUUGAACACCUGCAGGGGGACAGAGAUCUGUACAGCUCGGAUACCCUGCACCUACAAGAUCAACUAAAGAGGUCAGAGGAGGAGAAACUCGCCCUGGUGGCCCAAGUACAGCAGCUGCAGGGUUUGCUCCAGAAUCAAUCCUUACAGCUUCAAGAACAGGAGAAACUCUUAACAAAGAAAGAUCAGGCUUUGCCUGUGUGGAGUCCAAAGCCCUCCCAUUAUGAAGUGGAACCUGAGGGUACAGGGAAGGAGAAAGAAUGGGAUUUCAGAGACCAGCUGCAAAAGAAGACUUUGCAGCUCCAGGCCAAGGAAAAGGAGUGCAAAGAACUGCAUUCGGAGUUAGACAACCUCAGUGACGAGUAUCUCUCCUGCCUGCGUAAGCUGCAGCACUGUCGAGAAGAGCUGAACCACAGCCAACAGCUGCCUCCCAGAAGGCAAUGUGGCCAAUGGCUCUCGAUGCUGAUAGUGAUGAUUGCUAUAGCACUGGCAGUGUUCCUGGCCAAGAAGGACAGCCUGAUGAUGUGACUCACCUGUGACCACUGCUUGGGUGAAAACCUGAAGCAAGAAACUCAAUAAAAAACUCAGAAGGUU